UGUUAUACGUACGUAUCUCCUUCCAUAACCUUCAUAUAGGCUUAUUUUGAUUCUCUCUCUCUCUCUCUCUCUCUCUCUCUCUCUCUCUCUCUCUCUCUCUCACACACACACACACAAUGUCGGACGGCAGCCCUGUCUUAGAAAUGACCAACACUCCCACCUCAGAAACCACCACCCCCGCCGGCACAUCAAAACCCACACCCGAAAUAGCUUCACCAUCUGGUUCCCUCUCCAAAACUCAAUCAGCCAUCCGAUCCCUCUCCAACAUCCUCCCCACAACCACUCCCCCUGACCUCUGCACCGCUUUAUCUCUUCUGCACGACCCUGAAGUUGCCUCCAAUAUCUCCUUCCUCCUCCGCCAACCCAACUCCGGCGCCGGCGAUGACAACCUCUGCCGCUGGCUCUACGACACCUUCCAAUCUGGUGAGCCCGACCUCCAACUCGUUGUCCUCCGCUUCCUUCCCAUCGUCGCAGGCGUCUACCUCUCCCGCGUCAGUCUCAGCAAGCCCCUCGCAGGCUUCGAGGCGGUCCUGCUGGCCCUCUAUGCCCACGAGACCACUUCUCGUGCCGCCCAACCAAUAACAGUUAACGUACCGGACUUGUCGCAUCCGAGUGUUUACCAUGAAUCCAUAUCGCCCACUAAAAACAACUCCACUGCCUUUAACCUAGCCGUUCUAUCUCCCAGUUUGGAGCCUCUUGGAACUGUCAGGUCUACGAAAAGGGCUCGGAUAGUUGGGGUGGCUCUAGAGUUGUAUUACAGCAAGAUAUUUCAGAUGCCAAUUGGGUCCAAGAUUGACUUCUGCGACUUUUGUGUGAUUUGGGCUGGGCAUGAAGCGGACGCCGUAUGCAAGGAUAGCGAUUAUGGUGCGAGUGAACUGCUUGGAGCGAAUGAGUCGAGGGAGAGGAUGGGGAAGGAUGGGAGGAUUCCUCUUCCAUGGGAGUUGCUGCAGCCGGUAUUGAGAAUUCUGGGUCACUGCCUUUUGGGAACAAGAGAAAAUAAAGAACUGUUUGAUGCGGCAUGGGCGGCAUGUAGAAGUCUAUCUGCGAGGUCUAUACAUGAUAUUGAUCCUAGGGCAAUUUUGGCCACUGGGAGCUUGCUUAGGCUUGGGAAGUUGGCUAUGGAGCCCAAGGAUGAUUAUGAUCCAACUGAAGUUCAAACCUCUGGUGUCAUUACAAUCUGAAAGCAUUCUAUAUAUGAAGGUUAUAUAUGAAUAAAGAAAACUUUUAUUUCUGUUUCUAUCUGCUUGCUGAGUACUAAACAUACGUGAUAUUUUUGAAGUUUCUUUCCUUCCUUUC